UGUAUAGUGGUGCUAAUUCUGAGUUCUUCUUACUUCCUUCUUCUUCGUUGCAGAAGGCGUGUGUUCUUUGCAUGGUGUCGUUUUAAAGAAUAAGGCACAAUGCAGAUCUUUGUCAAAACUUUGACAGGGAAGACAAUCACCCUAGAGGUUGAACCGUCUGAUACUAUUGAAAAUGUGAAAGCUAAAAUCCAGGAUAAAGAGGGAAUUCCUCCUGAUCAGCAGAGACUGAUUUUUGCUGGUAAACAGUUGGAAGAUGGUCGUACAUUGUCUGACUAUAACAUCCAGAAGGAGUCCACACUUCACUUGGUGUUGAGGCUGCGAGGGGGUGCCAAGAAACGCAAGAAGAAGAACUACUCCACUCCCAAGAAAAUCAAGCACAAGAAGAAGAAGAUCAAGUUGGCUGUGUUGAAGUAUUACAAGGUGGAUGAAAAUGGAAAGAUCAGUCGCUUGCGCCGCGAGUGCCCGUCUGAACAGUGUGGUGCCGGAGUGUUCAUGGCUGCCAUGGAUGACAGACACUACUGUGGCAAGUGCAGUUACACUCUCGUCUUCAGUAAACCAGAGGACAAAUGAUUGUUUCAUCUAUUUCUUGUUUUACUAUAUUUUAUUAAAUGAACUGAUACAGUA